GGCGUCGCUGGCCAGACUCGUCCAAGGUCGCAGACGAUCUCGUCUGUCAGGGUCUUGCACCUAUUUAGCCUUUCGGCUGUCGCACUCGUACGAAAACGUACGCCUAGACGAAUUUCACCCACGAGCAUCGCGGUCCCAUUCUCUCCGUAGAAAAACCGUCAGGUUCAAUGUCUGCUCGAUUGUUACGCGACGCGUUCAACAUCGUGAAUUACCCCGGUGCGUUUCCUCUAGAGACCACCCUCCUCCCCCCCGCGUGACUCGACACCCAGUUCGUCGAUUGCUUGCCAAACGAGAGCGGAAAGAUUUAUCCGAAAUUAGCCAUCUUCUUGGUGCCAACGUCGUCGCUGGUAACCAGUCGCAGUCGUAGACAGCAGACGUUUCGCGGAUUAGGAACGCGUUAUUUUCGAGCCAGAUAUCUGGAGGCAAUGUUUACGACCGUCUGAGGAAGGCACCCAAGGCUUGUUGCUCCAUUGUCGCGAAAUUAUAAGAGUUGUUAAUUAAGAAUGCGCAAUGAUACGGCGAAUUUAUCAGUGGACCGCAAACCCGCGCGAGAAAGGGCAGGGUACGGAAAUGGAACCCCGCAAAACAAACUCUCACCUCCAGGAAAAAAUAUUCUUGAAGUACACGCUCCAAGACGCGGAGAAGGAUAAAGAGGAAACUGAGUGUAUGCUAGAAGAGAAUGGCAAACCAAUUGAGUUCGUGCCACCGCAAACGAAGGAGGACGACAAACCCGUGGCACCGGAACCGACGUUGCCACCAGUGCCUUACUUCAGACUGUUUCGAUUUGCAACAUGCGGGGAGCUGAUGCUGAUCGUCGGCGGCCUGAUCAUGGGAACUCUGACGGGCCUCUGCAUCCCCAUUUCGACGAUACAGUACGGAGAGUUCACCACUCUGCUGGUGGACCGCAACAUGGAUAACCAGACGAGCACACCCACCCUCAUACUGAAGUGGUUCGGAGGAGGGCUGGUCUUGGGUGCCAACGCCACGUACGAGGAAAGAAUGACCGCCCUGUACGACGACUCCGUAGCCUUUGGCGUGUCCUCGGCGGCUCUCUCCUGCUUCCAAUUCGUCUUCGCCGUGUUCACGGUUGAUUUCCUCAACAUCGCGGCCUCCAGACAAAUUGUCAGGGUGCGUCAAAUGUUCCUGCGAUCCGUACUCAGGCAGGACAUGACGUGGUACGACAUCAACACGUCCACCAACUUCGCCAGCAGGAUCACCGAGGAUCUGGACAAAAUGAAGGACGGAAUCGGCGAGAAGCUCGGUGUCUUCACGUACCUGAUGGUGUCCUUCAUUUCCUCCAUCAUCAUAUCGUUCGUUUACGGCUGGAAAUUAACGCUGGUGGUGCUGAGUUGCGCGCCAAUCAUAGUGAUCGCCACCGCGGUGGUGGCGAAGGUGCAGAGCUCCCUGACGGCCCAGGAAUUGUCCGCGUACGGACAGGCGGGAAGCGUCGCCGAGGAGGUGUUGGGCGCCAUCAGGACCGUGAUUGCGUUCAACGGGGAGCAGAAAGAGGUGGACAGAUACGCGGAGAAACUCGUGCCCGCGGAAAGGACAGGAAUAAAACGAGGAAUGUGGUCGGGAGUCGGCGGGGGCGUCAUGUGGUUCAUCAUCUACAUCAGCUACGCCAUAGCCUUCUGGUACGGCGUGCAGCUGAUCCUGGAGGACAGACCGAAGGACGUGAAGGAGUACACGCCCGCCGUGUUGGUAAUCGUGUUCUUCGGGGUUCUGGCCGGCGCACAGAACAUGGGUCUGACGUCGCCGCAUCUCGAGGCGUUCGCGGUCGCCCGCGGAUCCGCCGCCGCCAUUUUCCAAGUGCUGGAUCGCACCCCGGCGAUCGACAGUCUGAGCAGGGAGGGCCAAAGGCUUCCAUCCGUCAACGGCGAGAUCGAGUUCACGAACGUGCAUUUCCAAUAUCCCGCCAGAAAGGACGUGAAGGUGCUACAGGGUUUAAAUCUCAAGAUCAAUCACGGCGAGACGGUCGCCCUUGUCGGCGGAUCCGGCUGCGGGAAGUCCACCUGUCUGCAGCUCAUUCAACGCCUCUACGAUCCCUUCAAAGGACACGUGCUGCUGGAUGGCGUGGACAUAUCGAAGCUGAACGUUCAAUGGCUGCGUUCGCACAUAGGUGUGGUCGGCCAGGAGCCAGUGCUCUUUGACACAACGAUACGAGAGAAUAUCCGUUACGGAAAUGACAGCGUUACCGAGGAAGAGAUGAUCAAAGCGGCGAAGGAGGCGAACGCUCACGACUUCAUCAGCAAGCUGCCCGAGGGUUACGACAGUCCCGUGGGAGAGAGAGGAUCGCAGCUGUCCGGAGGGCAGAAGCAGAGGAUCGCCAUCGCGCGUGCCUUGGUCAGACGGCCGGCGAUACUCCUCCUCGACGAGGCCACUUCCGCGUUGGAUCUCCACAGCGAGGCGACCGUGCAAAGGGCCCUGGACGCGGCCUCCAAGGGCAGAACGACCAUCGUCGUCACUCACCGACUCUCCACCAUCACAAACGCCGACCGGAUAGUGUUUAUAAAGGAAGGACAGGUGGUCGAGCAGGGAACUCACGAGGAGCUACUCGCUCUCGGGAACCACUACUACGGGCUGGUCUCCGCCGACGCCAGUGCCACUGCUAGAGCGAAAGCGACAGCGUCGGCUGCGAAGACGGUGACGGCGGCCAUACCGAAGCAGAAACCGCCGCCAUUGAAGCGUCAGUUCUCCACGCUGUCGAUGCAUUCUCAUCGGUUAUCCCUGGCGGGCGCGUCGGAGAGCUCGAUGAAUCAACUGGAGGAGCACGAGAAGGCGUACGACGUGCCGAUGAUGAGGAUAUUCGCGCUCAACAAGCCGGAAUGGCCUUUCAAUAUAAUCGGUUGCCUGGCCGCGGCUAUGGUGGGCGCGUCGUUCCCCGCGUUCGCCGUCCUCUUCGGUGAAGUGUACUACGUGCUGGGUCUCCAGGACGAGGACGAGGUUCGCCGCGAGACGGUCAAUUUCUCGAUCCUGUUCCUGGUGGUGGGCGUGGUGACCGGUGUGGGGACCUUCCUGCAGAUGUACAUGUUCGGUUUGGCCGGGGUUCGAAUGACAACCAGGCUCAGGAGCACGACGUUCUCCGCGAUGUUGAGGCAGGAGAUGGGCUGGUACGACGAGGACACGAACAGCGUGGGUGCUCUGUGCGCCAGGCUGUCCUCCGACGCGGGUGCUGUCCAGGGCGCGACGGGAACGCGAAUCGGGGCGAUUCUUCAAGCAUUGUCGACGCUGGUCCUCGGCAUCGGGCUGUCCAUGUACUACACGUGGAAGAUGACGCUGGUAUCCGUGGUCUCGAUACCCCUGGUGCUCGGCGCGGUGUUCUUCGAGGCGAGGGUGAUGAGCGGGCAGGGCUUGCAAGAGAAGAAGAAGAUGGAGGCGGCGACGAGGAUCGCCAUCGAGGCGAUAUCCAACAUAAGAACGGUGGCCAGUCUGGGCAAAGAGGAGGCGUUCUUGAAACGUUACUGCGUGGAGUUGGAGCACGUGGCCCAGGCGACCAGGAUCAGGAACAGGCUCAGAGGAUUGGUGUUCUCGUGCGGUCAGACCACGCCGUUCUUCGGCUACGCUCUCAGUUUGUACUAUGGCGGGGCCCUGGUGGCCACCGAGGGUCUCAGCUACCAGAACGUCAUCAAGGUGUCCGAGGCUCUCAUCUUCGGGUCCUGGAUGUUGGGACAGGCGUUGGCCUUCGCGCCAAACUUCAACACGGCCAAGAUUUCCGCCGGAAGGAUAUUCCAGCUGCUGGACAGGGUGCCGGAAAUCACCUCGCCGCCGGGAUCGGAAGACAAAGAUCUGGACUGGAAAGCGGACGGUCUGAUUCAAUUCUCAAAAGUGGAGUUCCACUAUCCGACGCGGUCGGAGAUGCCGAUUCUGCAGGGUCUGAAUCUAAUAGUGAAGCCCGGACAGAUGGUCGCGUUGGUUGGUCAAAGCGGAUGCGGUAAGUCCACUUGCAUCCAGCUGCUUCAACGGCUGUACGAUCCGAUCUCCGGCACCGUGACGAUGGACCGUCGAGACAUCUCCUCGGUCUCCUUGCGUAAUCUACGUUGCCAACUCGGCGUGGUCGGCCAGGAGCCCGUCCUAUUCGACAGGACGAUCGCGGAGAAUAUCAUGUACGGCGACAACUUCCGGAAAGUGCCGAUGGACGAGGUCAUAGAAGCCGCCAAGAAGUCGAACAUCCACAGCUUCGUCAGCUCUCUACCACUAGGGUACGAUACUAGGUUAGGAUCUAAGGGUACGCAGCUGUCCGGAGGGCAGAAGCAGAGAAUAGCGAUAGCACGAGCUUUGGUCAGGAAUCCCCGUGUCCUGCUCCUGGACGAGGCCACAUCUGCGCUUGACACUCAGAGCGAGAAGGUCGUGCAAGCGGCCCUGGACAAGGCCAUGGAGGGCAGAACGUGCAUCACCAUAGCGCAUCGUCUGGCCACUAUAAGGAACGCGGACGUGAUCUGCGUGCUGGAGAAGGGAACCGUCGCGGAGAUGGGCACCCACGACGAUCUAAUAGCCGCCGACGGGCUCUACGCUCAUCUGCACGCUCUUCAAGAGGCCGCGAUGGAGUAAAAUCGAGAACCACGAUGCGCGUACGGGGGUGGUCACGUGAACGGGACUAUACGAGAAAACCAGAAAUUUCCAGAAACAAAUUUCUUCGAGGCGUUAACACCCCCCCGUUCGAGGACUUUAUCAACGAGUCGCGAAAGAAGUGGACAGGAUUCCAAUGUAAUCAGCCCCUGGACACUUCAUCCCCCGGUUUCUACUUCCCACGAGGCUGCAAAUUCUGUCGGGGACACGCGGGAUCGUUAUUGCUUCCCCGUUUCUCCCUUACGUAGCAAUCCUCCCUCUGCAAACGACGAAACACGUCGUUUUCUAUAAUGUCCAUCGCUCCAUUCUACCAUUUUCCGCAACGAUUCCCGCUCGGAAAUUCACCCAUUCGCGGAUCGAGCUUCUCCGGAAGCUUUCUCGAGCCAUUGCAAAUUACAGAAAUUUAAUAAAAUUUAUCGCUUCGCUUCGAGUCUCGCGCGAGUUGAAUUUGAUUUGCAAAUGAACAUUUUUUGGUGGAUCGAGGAUACAUAAGAAUGCCUAGCACGCGUCGAGGGUUUUGGAGUCGUGAAAAAUGGAGAGGAUCGAUCCGGGAUAAGACGCGUGAACGGCGACAGGUGUCCCCCAUGACGACGCACCGUCGUCUAACAAUGCCCCAUGAAAGAUGCACGAAUGUUUCUUCCGACAAUAGACGCCCUCAACUCGCCUUACGCUGCUUCUCGCGAAGAUCGCGGAUCCAUGUGCCUUAAUAAUUACGCGAUCUACAGGGGUACAACGAGGCGACGAAAUUGUAAAAAAACGGAAGGAUAGUGUUGCACGCUCGCGGGGAGAACGGAAGUGUCCCGGCGGACGGAUUUCUUUCCCCGAACUUGUGCCUUCGCUUCGAGGUGGGCAGAAUUUAGUCCCGGUCAAAGCAUCGUGCAAUGAUUUAUUCUACUCGUAGUACAGAUCGUUUAUUUUUAAUCGGAGAUUCUUGGUCGAAAUUUCGUAAGCGGACGAGAAUUUUGCCCAUCUCCGCCUUCACUUCAUAUAUUUAGCGAUAAGAUUCCGCCGGUCUCGGGACACGGCGCGAAAAGAUACCGGAAAAUUUCGCGAACAAUUCGUUUCUCUUGUUCUAUUCUCCGUUUCGAGUCGACCGUUCCUUUCCCGCGGAAAUUUGGAAUUGAUAAUCGUAGAUUUUCCGACCCUUGAAGUCGUUCUAAGAACACGUUUACGAAGGUAAAUUAAUAUUAAAGUUGCAGAAUAAUUCCCAGCGCGAGUACUUAGCGGAAUUGGUCAUUAAAUUUUUAAUUAUGCUUCGGGCGACGGAUAAAUAAUGUCCCAGUCUCGCCCACCGAGGAUUAAUCACCGACGGUCGCGACCGAUUAACGAAUAAUUCAGCUUUAAUUUCGGUAAUCGACUGACGUGAACGCGUUCGUUCGCGAGGAAGUAAUCUUUGCAUCGAUUUAAUCGUACGCUGUGCGUUCAACGCCCACCCUUUUAUUAGCUUUGCGAUCUGUUUGCUUUGUCGGAAAACGUAUGACGACGAACGCGUCGAUCACGAUCGAAAUCUAAACCCUAUACCAUGGUCGAUCAAUUGGUCGAAUCAUUUUUCUACGAACAUUAUCGAUCGCGUGGUUUCAACGGUGUACUUAAUCGCCUCGAAAACGCGACCCGAAAGCAGACCUCGAUUAAUUAAGCUUUACCGCGACCGAAGCGUGAAAUAGUGCUUUAAUAUCGCCGACAAUACAACGGUAGCCGUAGAACCUUUUAUCCAGGAACAAGCGUUCGCGACUGGUAGCGUUUUAACGCUAUUAUCUCUAGAAUUAAGAUCCAUCGUUCGACGCUGUCUUUUCUGCGCUUCUCGCGAUUCCAGCGAAUCAAACGCGGAACGAAACGAGAGAACAAUCCUCCGAACAGUCGUUCGUCGUCGAUACGAAAUGGAAAAGCGCGUAGAGAAACGGAGAGAUCCUAGUUGUAAACAUUUUGAAAUCGUUACUUAAGACUAAAGGCUGCGGCCAGCGUAACUUAAGGGCAGAGAGAUCUUAAAAUUGCGCGGAUCGAGCAUGGAUCGCUCGUUCCGAACUGUGUGACUUAAACAUACAAAACAACAAAAAAAAAAAAAUAAUAAUAACGUACAGCGUGUUUCAUUAAUUCUACUUUGUCUUUUUUCAUAUAUCAAAAGCGUGUCGAGUUGUAAUUAUACAGCGAUACUAGCCAGUAUAACGACAAACGAGGAAGUAUUAAUUUUUUUUCGUUCUCUUUUUUUUUUUUUCUUGUUACAAGAAAGACGGGGCAGAUCGUACUGCUGUCAUAUACAAAAUAAAUGGAAACAUAGUGGAGAAAAAAAAAA